AUGGGCAAGAAGCGGAAGCUCGCGUACCAGACGGGGCACAAGGCCGCGAAGCAACCGCCCACCCCUCAAGGCAAGAAGAUCGCAAAGGGCCCUUCUGAUACCAAGCCGAAGCCUUCCACCUCUACGCCGCCGAAACAAGUCCCAACCCGUCCCCAGGAGCCUACUAUUCCUUUCUCGCCCGAGGAUGCUAUCCUCUUGGUGGGGGAGGGGGACCUGAGCUUCUCAGCAUCCCUCGUCGAACAUCACUAUUGCGAGAACAUCACAGCGACGGUCCUCGAGGCCAGCGAAGACGAUUUGAAAACCAAGUACCCACAUGUCGGCGAGAACAUAGCAAAGAUUGAGGCCGAAGGGUCCAAGGUCGUGUAUGCAGUUGACGCGCGCAAGAUGGGCCCCUUCGCCAACAAGAAGGGCAAAGACGCCGUGGGCACCAUGGACCGAAUCAUCUUCAACUUCCCCCACGUCGGAGGGAAGAGCACCGACGUCAAUCGGCAGGUGCGGUAUAAUCAGGAACUUCUCGUGGACUUUUUCAAGCGUGCACUCUUGUCGCUUGCGCCCAGGGGCACCAUCAUAGUUACUCUCUUUGAAGGUGAGCCUUACACGCUGUGGAACAUUCGAGAUCUAGGACGCCACUCGGGUCUCCAAGUCGAAAGGAGCUUUCGAUUCCAAGCCUCGGCGUAUCCAGGAUACCAUCAUGCAAGGACGCUGGGGGUUGUGAAAAACAAGCAAGGGGAAGUUGGUGGCGGCUGGAAGGGUGAGGAUCGAGCAGCUCGAAGCUACGUUUUUGUGAGGAAAGACGAGGUCCCAAAGCCGGUCUCCCGAAAGAGACGGCGAUCACUUGGCGAUGGUGAGGACGACUCUUCUGACGAAGGCUGA